AAUCUGCGCAUGUGCAGUACGACGAGGCCAGGUUUCCCUGCUGAUUUCUACUCCGAGAGACCUAGAUCUCCUCAGCAAACUGGUCUCCUCUGACAACUCCAGUGAACAGCUGAGUGGAGAUGUUCACAAGCUAGCUGUUCUAAAGGUGUGUACCUGGUGUGCUGCGUGGUCAGGGGCAUGAACCUGAAGUCUGGGAACGCACUCAAACGGUUCCUGGUGGCUCAGACAUAGCUUCAUGACGACUUGUGUGGUAAAAGGACCAUCGCAACCAUUGCAACUCAUGAUGUGCAGCUUCUCAAAGCUCCUCUGAUGUAUGAUGUCAAACCACCUACCCAGCUGAAGGUUGUGUCGCUGGGUCGGAAGGAGAUGACAGCCGUCGAGCUGAUAAGACACCUUCAGCUGGAGGCGGAGGAGCUGAGGAAGCAGAAGAAGACGCAGAAUGUCACUGGCCUCCACAAAUACCUGCAGCUUCUGCAGGGAAAAGAAAUGUAUCCCUGCCUAGUGGAUGCAGAGGGACAUGUGAUCUCAUUCCCACCUAUUACCAACAGUGAGAAAACCAAGAUCAAGAAGUCUACCAAAGAGUUGUUCUUGGAGGUGACGAGUGUCAUUUCAGAUCUCCACAAUGUCAUUCUUACUAGUACAAAUGACGUCACGUUUCCCAUUCAUGUGUACGGGGCUUUCAAUUUCAAACCCACAACGUCAUUCUUCCAAUUGUAGGAUUAUUUUGUUAAGAGUAUAGUAUAAGGCCUCAGAUUUCAGACCAGCAGGACCCAAGUUGCCAAAACCAACAGGCUCCACAAUGGCCCCAACCCUAAUGAGGCUGCCCAAUAAACCCUGCAGCCCCACAAAUUGGUCUUGGAGGUCCAAAGUUCCAUCCAUCCAUCCAUCUUCUUCCGCUUAUCCGGUGUCGGGUCGCGGGGGGAGCAGC